AUGUAGAAAUUUCCUUAAAAAUAUUCUACAUAGUUAAGAUUAGGCAAAAAAGGUGCUGUGUAAAUAUGUCUUCCAGUUGAUAAUAGCUAUAUGUUUAUAUAUGAUGAAUAAACCAAAAUAAAUUAUUAAGAAUUUGAUGGUUAGAUCCUACUUAUUGGCUCUAAAACUGAGCUUAUUCCUGUUUAUGAGUUAAACGUAAAUGAACAUUACCCCAAGUUAACACAUAAAUGUGUGUUCAUGUCAUUUUAAUAACCUUAAUCACAAAUUGCUUGGCAAAUUCCAUUUUUAGAUAUAUCUUUAAUCUAAUAAUAUAGAUUAUCACUGCAGCCUUUAUAAAUGCAAAUCCCUGUUUUAAAAUCUAAUUCAAAAUUUGUUUCGCAUUAUUGA